UAUACACAUAUAUAUGAUUAUUAUUUUGUAUAUGAGGAUACUCUAUGCUGUUUAUAUACUUUUAGAAUUUAAAUACUUUUAGUAUAGCAUGUCACACUGCUUGAAAUUUCAUGUCAAUUACCCACAUAACUUUUUAUAAAUGUUUAUUCAAAACAAAUAAACUUCAACAAAAUCAAUGUAAACAAACAGUGGGGCAAACCUGUGCAAAAUUGGAAAAAAAAAUAUCUGAAAAUAAAUGUGAAAAAAAUAAAGUUCACAUCAAAUGAAAUAAUUUAAAUGGGGACUAUAGAAACAUAGUACUUAUAAUAUACUUGGUGUGUUUUGACCAGAGGAGCCAGGGUCUAAAUAAAGUUCCGGGUAAAAAUUCCCCCUCAAAAAGUCUUUGCUCGCGAGGUAGUACUUUUUCAAAGUUCAGGUACUUUCAGGGGUGGGGCUUGGGCACUGAACAAGCUGAUUGUUUGAGUUCAUGCAGCAUUUUGAUUGGCUGACUCCACGCAGCAUUUUAUUUCAACCACCAUUUUUAAAAGUCUGUUUACGUUCAGCGCUUCUAGGUUCUACAUCAGAACAGCGAUUCAUUAUUGGCCAACGCUGUACAUGUGAGCACCGUGACGUAUACGUGUGAUGUUGACGCAGGAGCUGGCCAAUAAUUAAUCUGCAUUCUGACGUAGAACCCAGAAGCGCUGAAUGUAAACAGCGUAGGAGACUGACAGGGAAGAGACAAAUUUGUUUGAGCCAGAGAGCUCUUGAAUUUCAUCAAAAAUAUUUUAAUUUGUGUUCUGAAGAUGAAUGAAGGUCUUAUGGGUUUGGAACAACUGAGGGUAAUAAUGAUAGAAGUUUUAUUUUUGGGUGAACUAAAGCUUAAAGCCUUACACAUUCACUGCUUGCACAUUCACAAUAUUAUACACAUCCAAUUCCUCACCGCAUACUUUGAAUAUUUAAAUGGUAGGUGGGUUUAACGCAGUAUAAUCAAACCUCACAUUUAAUUGGUUGUCCCUGUUUUCUGUACAUAUAAAUAAAAGUUGAGUCAGUAAAGGAAGGCAGAAAGUAGAACUGAGAGCUUGAACAUUACACCACAGCUUCAAAGCGGUCUUUUGAUGAAGUACAGGGUGCACAGGACCAGGUUACAUAUGAGGAUAUAAUCAGUUGUGAAAAUGUUUGACAUGAGGAUUGUGGAGGACAACAGUCAAGAAAUCCAUUAUUGCUUUCCGGACAACAAUUUAUCAUGUUUCAAAGAUAUCAAACCUGAAGUGGAAUACAUUGUUUUGUAUGUUUUCAUUUCUUUAUUAUCAGUGUUCACUGUGUUUCUGAACCUGCUGGUGAUCAUCUCCAUCUCUCACUUCAAGCAGCUUCACACUCCAACCAACCUGAUUAUUCUCUCUUUGGCUGUGGCUGACCUGAUUGUGGGACUGAUUGUUAUUCCAUUAAUGGGCAUUAGAUUCAUAGAAUCAUGCUGGUACUUUGGAGAGACAUUUUGUUCUCUAUUUUUAUUUAUUAUUUUUAUGGUUAUUACGGCAUCUCUUGGUAAUUUAUUUUUUAUAUCUGUUGAUCGUUACAUUGCUGUGAGUGACCCUUUGAGAUACACAGUGAGGGUCACAACUGAUAAAGUUGUUUUUUGCAUUAUUAUAAAUUGGAUGUGUUGUGGCAUAUAUUCUGUCAUUAUCUUAUAUAAUACUAUGUUUUAUCCAGAGACACACAACAGGUGUUAUGGAGAAUGUACAGUUUCUUUUAAGUUUGAACAUUUUGUCACAGACCUCAUAGUCACUUUUGUUGCCCCUUCUUCUGUAAUCAUGUCUAUAUAUGUGAAAAUCUUCUGUGUUGCUACACAUCAGGCCAAGGUUGUAAAUUCUGUCACAGGUGUCAGCAGGUCACAAAGAAAGGCAGGAAAAACUCUGGGAAUUGUUGUCGCAGUUUUCUUUAUGUGUUGGAUACCGUAUUACAUAGUCACACUUAUUGAAGGAAAUGAGUCAACAGAAUCGGUUGAACUUCAUGUAACGUGCUGGAUUUUGUACAUGAAUUCCUGUAUGAAUCCACUUAUCUAUGCGUUGUUCUAUAAAUGGUUUAGAAUAUCAGCUAAACACAUUGUUACUCUAAAUAUAUUCAAACCAUCAUCAGAAUAUUUCAGUAUUUUCACAGAGGAUAAAUGAUUAUAUAUAUGUUUUAUAUAUAUAUAUAUAUAUAUAUAUAUAUGUGUGUGUGUAAUUAUUAAUUAUGAUUAUUACGUUGUAUUUGUAUUUAGAAGUUAAAUACUUUUAGAAUAGCAUGUCACACUGCUUGAAAUUUCAUGAAAACUACCCACGUAACAGUUUAUAAAUGUUUAUUCGAAAUCAAUACAUUUCAACAAAAUCAAUGUAAACAAACAGUGGGGCAAACCUGUGUAAAAUUAGAAAAUCAUCUGUGAAAAUAAUUGUGAAAAAAGUAAAGUAUACAUCAAAUGAAAUAAUUUAAAGGGGGACUAUAGUAAUACAGCACUUAAAAUAUAUAUUAAGAGUAAAUAAAUAUAGAUUUAAGUAAUAACUGUAUAUGUUGACCUGUUAGAGAGCAGAAAGGCUUGCAGAAAGGUUUGUUUGACACAAAGACUUGCACAUUCUUUUUGUCUCCACGUUGGUAGUGUCUGAUAUUUUUUCCUUGUGUUAUUCUUGAGAAAACUAGACAUGUUUUGUACUAUGAGCGCUAUUCCUGUUAUGAAAAAAAAGCUGUUUAACACUGGACAGACUGAAAGACACAAAUAGACCCAAAGUAAGCUUUUUCAUGAUUUUUAUUUCAGCAUUUCUGUCAGACAAUUUUUUUUCUUUCCUGAGCAUGUUUGACCCCCAAAGUCUGGUUCGUUUGACUGGUGUGAUCGCUCAAAGUGCUGUGUCUUGACCCUCUUGAAGAGGUGGGCUCGGGCGCAGUAUGCAUGUAGUGUGAACACUUACCGUGCCCUAGCAUGGAACAGCUUCUACUCUUGUGUGUGCUACUGUCAUCAUUACGACAGCAAACAUCUGCUAUUACUAUUGAGAUAGAACACUUUUCAAUUAAUUAAAUUAAUUGAAGUAUAUUUCAGGGUUUGCACCGACUAGUCGACUUUAAUGCUCUACCAUGACACUUUAAGCAUGACGUCGACUAGUCGCUGGUCAUGGCCUAUAGAGGGCGCAACAGAAUAUGAAAUCUUUGAAGUCCACAUUUACUCUCUGUAUCCAACAGUUAAUGACAAAUAAAUGCAUACUCCAAGAGUGCCCCUGAAGAUAUGUUUGAUUAUUCCAUCUGG